AGAGUUUGUGCCACACUGUAGCACAGGAUGAGAAUGCAUAUCAGAAUUUUCAUGUACUGGGUAUUGCAGGAGAAAAUCCCCAGAUUGAGAAAUCUAUGGAUCCCUCUAAAACUGAACCUCUUUGCGACAAUGUGGAAUUGAAAAGCAAGGCACGCGAUUUAACCUCUGCUUGUUCCUUAAGUUUUAUUCAUUGUGCAUCAGAUCCUGCAAAGGUUGUCUUAGAUGCAUUGCGGAAAUGUCGUUCUGCCAACUUGGGGAAGUGUAAAUAUGGCCCAUCAUCACUUAUGAAGAGGUUCUCUGAUUUGUUGGAACAUCUGAGAGAAGUUUCUCCAGAAAUAACACCUCAGGUUAAAAUAGAGGCAGUUGUGCUUGCUGUUGAGUGGAGAGAAACAUUGACCGGAUCGCAGCUGAAUUAUUCUGAGGUCCUAGGCUUUUUGCAACUUUUAGCUACUUUUGAAUUGUCAUCCUCUUAUGAUUCAGAUGAGCUUCUAGGUCUAUUGGAGAUUGUUUACCGGUCCAGAAGGGCAAUUAAUCUGUUCAAAAUCCUAGGAUUAGCAGAUAAGAUCCCAUGCUUUAUCGAAAAUCUGAUAAGGAGAAAACAAUGGCUGCUGGCUAUUAGAUACAUCCAUGUAUAUGAACUUGUUGACUUGUUUCCACCUGUGCCCCUUCUUAAAGACUUCGUGCUAUACUCAGAAGAGCUAGCCAAGAAAAUACAUGAUAAUGGACUUGGUUCUCGUGAAGCCCAAGAAAAAGCUAUAAAUUGUGAAAUAUCUGCAUUGAGAGCUGCAGUAAAACGCAUAGUGUGGCACAACCUUCAAUCAGAAUACUCACCUGACCACCUGAAAGCUCAUAUUGUGAAGCUUCAAAGGCAGAUGGCAGAACUAAGGAUCCCAAACCAACACUCCGGCUUCAUUACUAAGUCUCAAGUUGACGACAGAGAUGAAGGAAGUCUAUGUGCUCCGAUUUCUCAAGUGCAAAAAGCUGUCAUGAAAAAACGUCUUGCCUCAGCUACAGAGGGUGUUAUUGUACAUGAGUCCCAACAACAACAGCGAAAACUUAAGCGUGUUUGCCAGUUACCCGAGCGGACAGAAGUUGGUCCAGAUGCCAUCAUUUGCAAUGCUUCUCUAUCAUCUUCUGUUCAAUCAUCUUCUCAACCCACAUCGCCAGAUGGUCAAAUUAGUACUGUGCCACCAAACUACUCGGAAAAAUUGUUUUCUCAGUGCUUAGAGGUCUGCCCUGAAGAUGACCAGAUUUAUGAUUCUGGACAAGCAUCUUCCCAACAAAUUGGUGAUUCACAUGCUUAUGAUGAUGCUGAGGUUGAAACUGAAGAGCCGGUUCAGAUAAACCCAGUUUAUCAUUCUGGGCAAAAUUUGAUGCCAAAACUUCAGGAGCUAUUGUGUAAGCUCAAGAAUUCUUUGUCCAGCUCAGGGAAGACUGAAGAUCAUGAGAGGACGUAGGCAGAAGUGAAAAGGGACAAGAAGAGUUAGCUAGCAAAUUAUUUGAUUCUUCUCUGUAAAUGGUAGGUAGAUACAUGUACUAUACAAAAAAUCAGUAAAUAGUCUUAACCAGUGACCUAUCUAAGCUUGCUAACUAAUGGACCUAACUGUUUCUUCAGUUAAA